UCACCAUCCCGUUGAACAGUCUAUUAACGCACUUUUCUGGUUGAAUGUUUCUGGACUGCCGUAAUUUUCCAGACUGUCAUUGUAGGUCCCGUCGUUUGUUUUAAAGAAGGGGGUAGGCUACUGUUUUGGGGCGUUCAGGGAAAGGUUGAAAGAAAAAAGCGAACGCCAGAGUGAGAGACUAGGGGGGGACCCAAAAGUGAAGCUGUGAGUACAGCUAAGGCCUUAGACAGCGGAAGACGGGAGACGAAUAACCAUGGCUAAUAUCGCAGUGCAGAGGAUCAAACGGGAGUUCAAAGAAGUGCUGAAAAGCGAAGAGACGAGUAAAAACCAGAUUAAGGUCGAUCUGGUGGAUGAAAAUUUCACAGAGCUGAAAGGGGAGAUAGCAGGUCCACCUGACACACCUUAUGAAGGUGGCAGGUAUCAGCUUGAAAUUAAAAUUCCAGAGACAUAUCCAUUUAAUCCUCCAAAGGUGCGGUUUAUAACCAAGAUCUGGCACCCAAACAUCAGUUCAGUUACUGGGGCAAUAUGCUUGGAUAUUCUCAAAGAUCAGUGGGCUGCGGCGAUGACUUUGCGGACAGUGCUGCUCUCUCUACAGGCGCUGUUAGCGGCGGCGGAGCCCGAUGACCCCCAAGAUGCAGUAGUAGCCAAUCAAUAUAAGCAAAACCCAGAGAUGUUUAAGCAGACGGCACGGCUCUGGUCUCACGUGUACGCCGGCGCUCCAGCGUCCAGCCCCGAAUACACCCGCAAAAUAGACAAACUGUGUGCCAUGGGCUUUGACAAGAAUGCAGUAAUAGUGGCCUUGUCUUCAAAAUCAUGGGAUGUAGAGACCGCAACAGAGCUGUUGCUUAGCAACUGAGUCUUCUUCGGUCUCCACCGUCCCCCUUGACCCCACCCUUCCCAAAACACUUUCACUCAUACGCCCCUCCAUCCAUCCUUCUGCCUUUUCUCUUCUCCUGGUGCUGAUCAUCUUUCAUCUUUUCCCUCUCUCUCACUGUAA